GGGCGCACGCGGGCCCGCAGUACCGACCGCGCUGUCGGUUCGGACGGUGGGAUCGCGGGAAGAGGGCGCCGCCAGCUCGCGCCGCACCCCCAGCCCAGCAUCCCGGCCGCGGCUGCCGGCGUCCCCGCGGGCGCGGGACCAAGCCGCCGGCCGCCGCGCUCCGGUCCCCUCUGGCCGCGGAGAUGAGCCGGAGCCCGGGCGCCCGGCUCCUCGCGCUCCUCGUCCUGCUGGCGCUGCUGCCUCCGCCAGGCCAUGGCAACGAGGGCAGCGUCAUCGGCAGUUGUUACUGCCACAGGAGGAUUUCUUCCCACUCCCCUCCGAAGGGGGAGGUCAUGGCACAUUUCCGAAAGCACCUGAGAGCCUACGAUCGCUGUAAUUCCUACAUCAGGUUCCAGCUACACUCCCGCAGCGUGUGUGGGGGGAGCAAAGAUGCUUGGGUUCAAGAACUGGUGAGCUGGUUUGAUCGCAAAGAAUAUGGAUAUGCUAACUCCGGGAGUGCGGCCUCCCAGGAGCUUUUACCUCCUCCCAGCACCCAGGUUCCUGAACCCACACAAAGGGCACCUUUAGACACGGGCUCCCCUGCUCCGACGCACCUGCCACCUGCCUUGCAGUCCACCGCACAGCCCAUGCUUCCAGCAGGGGCCCAGUCCUUGGACAGAAACCUCACGCAGAAACCUCACGCAGAUGACAUCACUACAUCCACUGAGGGCCACGGUCGGGGGUCUGAGGAGAGGCAGAAGCAGCUGGAAGAACAAAUAGGGCCUUCCGCGAGAACCUCAGCCAUGGUGCCAGUGGUCUCCCUCCUGACCAUCAUCUUCGUUCUCACUGUGGUCCUCCUGUACGUGUUGUGCAGGAGGAGGAGGGAGCAGUCACUGCAGCACACUCCAGAUUUGCCGCGGUAUUAUACACCUGUGGCAUCAGACUCCAGUGCCUGAGUGGAGAGCGGAAAUCUGAGGGUAGACGCCGUCCUUUAUGCAGCCCCGCACAUCUUUAAUACUCAGGAUAAUCUCUAGCACAUGCUAGGCACUCCACAGCCAGUUGAUAUUUAAUAUACAAGUAUCCGGCCACUGCCCUCUCGUCUGCUCUUCCGCGAUUUCUUUUCCAUGCUGUAACAUAAAAUCUACAACUCACUGUGAUACCCUAGACAAAUUAUGUGCUUAAUUACUAAAGAUUAUUUUUAUAA